CCAUGUUUAGAAGGAAGGUAGCGUCCUUGAGCUGAGAUGUUUGAAUUUGCAUUGAUAACAAUAGUUGUAGUUCGUAUCAUGAGAGUAACGUUUGGUACCUAAUUAAUUAGUAAAUUUUGUAGGUUAUAAAUAUGAUAAAAUUGUAAACGGAUGAUGAACCUUCAACAUGAAACUUUGUGAUAACAUAAUGGUAAUUAGGAGAUGAGCGAUCAUCAGGCAGGGGCUGGACCACAGCAGCCCCCGCAAACUCUUAAUGUGGCCGGGCAGACGGUACGACUGCAACAAGUGCUGGCAGCUGCUGGUUCACGAGGCCAUCAGUUUGUUAUUACAUCUCAAGUCAGCGUGCCUGGUCUGACUCAGGUUAUUCCAACUAUUGCAACAUCCAGUGCAGCUCUCCAACAGGCUGGUGUGACACGAAUACUAAACAUUGCUUCAUCUCCGAGAGUGAAUGUGGUCGGUGUGUCUCAAGUUCCAGGACGGGCAGGGACAUUGCAACUUGCUACUAGUAAUGCUGGAAACAGUGGAACAAGUGACUCGCCCGGACGAGGCACGGUAUCACUUGUCGCCAUCGGUCAACCAGCAGCAGUUAAUGCUUCCUCUCACCCAACACUGGUCAGUUCCUUGUCGUCCCCUCCCCGACAGAGGACUACUAGUAGUGCUCUUGGUGUAGUACAGUCACCUCCGACACUAGUGUUAACAUCGACACCAAAUUUAGUGCGGACUUCUAGCGGAUCUUUUGCCACACCAUUAUCCUCUGCUUCAAGUGUCAUGUCAAGUCCACAAUCCUCAUCUCCUGCAAGGAAAAGAAUGCGACUGUCUGAACUUCAGGAGAGAGCACCUCCAAAUGAAGAAAUUGGAGCUCUAAGGAAGAAAGUGCUAGAACACAAGAUGGCACGAAUGCGUAGUGAUCAGGAACGAUACGCGGAACACGCUUCUGAACUGUUCUUCUUGCAGGCUGGUGGAAACAUGAUGGAUUAUCUCACUUGGCGUAAACGACCAUCUACUCCUCAGUUCCUACAUUUUCUUAGAUCUCAUCGUUUGGAUCCUGAAGAUGAUGAUGAAGACCUUACUUUGUUGUUACAUUCACCGUCUGCCCCAGGAUCUUCCCUGACCUCUCAAAGUACAGAGAUCAAGAUCCCAGGAGUGGGGGCAACCCCCGUAGCAACUUCCACGACUCUUCCUCCUGCUGUGGCUCAACUUAACCAGCAAGGUCAUAUCCCUGGGCGACCUCAAGGGGGUCGCCAUGGGAUGGUGUUUGGACUACGACCACUCCCUACUUCAACUUGCAUAGGCCCAACCACUGCUACUACCACACCUCUUGUGCCAGGUGGUACACCACUGGUUCUUGAACCUGCAACUCCUACCAACCCCAACAGUGUGUCAUCUGGAACUGGAAGGGGAUCAGGGUCGUCUGCGACUGUAAAUGAAAAGGGCUCAGUUGCAGGUUUGAGUCCAUCAAAACUAAACAAAUUACCAUUGGUGGCUCCCAUGUCCCGGCAGCAUACAAGACAACAUUCCAUUUCGGCUGUGUACGAUACUUCAAUUGGAAGCCAAGAACAAAUUGCAGAGAAAGCAAAACAAGAAGCGUAUGUAAUGCAGAGAAUAGCUGAACUCCAGAGAGAAGGUUUAUGGUCUGAGAAGAGACUUCCAAAAGUUCAGGAACCUCCGAGAGUAAAGGCACAUUGGGACUACCUCAUCGAAGAAAUGAUAUGGUUAGCAGCUGACUUUGCACAGGAAAGAAAAUGGAAGAAGGCGGCAGCAAAAAAGUGUGCAAGAAAUGUUCAAAAGUAUUUUCAGGAAAAAGCGAUUCAGGCCCAAAAGGCUGAAAAGGUUCAAGAAUUACGGUUGAAGAAAGUGGCUAGUUUUAUCGCAAAGGAAAUCAAGACAUUUUGGUCCAACGUUGAGAAGCUGGUAGAGUUUAAACAACAGACAAGAUUGGAAGAAAAACGAAAGAAGGCACUGGACCAGCAUCUUAGUUUUAUUGUAGACCAGACAGAAAAAUACUCAACAUGGUUAGCUGAAAGCAUGAACAAAUCUGGUGUGGACAGUGUCAAUCCAAGUGUUCCUCCAUCUGUGAAUUCAUCACGUAUAUCUUCGCCAACAAGACAAGUUCUGUCUGAUGAUGAAUUUCAACCAAAUCAGAGUUCAACAGAUGAUGAAGAAACAAUUGCAAAGGCAGAAGAAGACAUGGAUGUGUUAGGACAUAUCGAAGAAGUUGAAAUGCUGAAAAGAGAAUCAGAGCUUCCUCUAGAAGAGUUGUUGAAGGAAUUGCCAGGUGAUUACUUGGAAAACCGAGAUAAAGCGUUGCCCGGUGAAAGAAGUGAAGGCGGUGAUGACGACGUGUCUAGUAGAGAUGAUGAUGAAUUCACUCUUGCAUCAGACAAGGAAUUGAGUGAUGAUGAAGACACGAUCCAAGAACAGGAAGCUGUUGAAGGGAAAGUUGAUCACAAGAAGGAAUUGGAGGACCUUCAGGCUGAAAAUGAAAUGAGUAUCGAAGAUCUUAUUGCAAAAUAUGGUUGUGGGGUUGGUGCAGAGGACGCAGAAGAUGGUAUGGAGGAUUGUGAAUCAGAAGAAGUUGAAGAUGAGGUAUCAGGAAAUGAAAGUGAAAAUUCAACUGAAGGUGAUGAAGACAGUAUACAGAGUAAAGAAGCAGGCAUUGGCCUCAAAUCUCUACUAAAUGAUGACAAUGAGGAUGAUGAAACAAGCACUGAAAAAAAGGUUUGUAUAAUUAUACAAAGCAUAUUGAAAGGCGACUUUCUGAAAACUGAGAUGCUACAACCUAAAGGAAAUACUUUAUCUUCAACAAGUGUGGUCACAACAAUACCAUUCCUCUUGAAGCACACACUGAGGGAAUAUCAGCAUAUAGGACUGGAUUGGUUAGUUACCAUGUUUGACAGAAAGCUUAAUGGAAUUUUGGCCGAUGAAAUGGGACUAGGUAAAACGAUCCAAACUAUAUCACUUCUGGCUCACUUAGCAUGUGAAAAAGGUAACUGGGGUCCACACUUGAUUAUAGUUCCCACUUCUGUGAUGUUGAAUUGGGAGAUGGAAUUAAAAAAAUGGUGUCCUGCCUUCAAAAUCCUAACAUAUUAUGGCUCACAAAAAGAACGGAAACAGAAGCGCACAGGUUGGACCAAACCAAAUGCAUUCCAUGUAUGCAUUACAUCUUACAAAUUGGUCAUCCAAGACCAUCAAAGUUUUAGGCGAAAAAAAUGGAAAUACCUUAUUCUGGAUGAAGCACAGAAUAUUAAGAAUUUCAAGUCCCAGAGAUGGCAGUUGCUGCUCAAUUUUCAAUCACAGAGGCGUCUCCUCUUAACUGGCACACCUCUUCAAAAUAAUUUGAUGGAAUUGUGGUCCCUGAUGCACUUUCUUAUGCCCAACGUGUUCCAGUCACAUCGAGAAUUUAAGGAGUGGUUUUCUAAUCCAGUGACUGGAAUGAUAGAAGGAAACUCGGAAUAUAAUGAGAGCAUUAUCAAGCGCCUUCAUAAGGUGUUAAGGCCAUUUCUGUUGCGCCGAUUGAAAACGGAAGUGGAGAAGCAGUUACCGAAGAAAUACGAGCAUAUUGUGAUGUGUCGCCUAUCAAAACGACAGAGAUUCUUAUAUGAUGACUUCAUGUCUAGAGCAAAGACAAGAGAAACCCUAGCCACUGGAAACUUGUUAAGUGUUAUCAAUGUUCUUAUGCAACUUCGUAAAGUGUGCAAUCAUCCCAACCUGUUUGAGGUUCGACCUACGAUCUCGCCGUUUCAGAUGGAAGGCAUUACAUAUGAAACUGCUUCUUUGGUUAUAUCCAUGCUCGACUAUGAUCCCUUUAAGCAUGUUGAUUUAUUCAGUCUAAACUUACUGCUGGUGGAACUUGAGUCAUGCCUCACAGCAUUUGUCGCUCAUCGAAUAAAGAAGUACCGCGUUCCAAAGAAGUUAAUAGAAGAGAUCGACUCUGUGCCAGAGCCACCUCCGCGCUGUCCAUCGGGGAAGAUAAAGAUCCAUGUUCGACUUUCCUCCAACCAGCAGCAGCAGAAUAUUGGGACAAGUGGAGGCGCUGUCGUAAAUAAGGGACUCCCUGUUACUGUCGCCUCAGCUCAUGUUGGUACCUCACCACUCGUAAAAGCCCCAGCUGGCCAAGUCCCGUUAACAUGCUUGUUGUACACGGCAAGGUGUGUGUGUGUGUGUUGCAUGAGAACAAGCACUGUGUUUUCUUACGUAGGUGUGACUCUGAGAGUGACAGGUGGAACUCAACGACAGGGAUAUUCGGUGCAACUUGUGCAACAUCAGGGUGGUCUAAAGGCGAUUCCAGUUGCUACGUUAGGUCCAACUCCACAACAGCAGCAGCAGUCACUGACAGGAGUACAAGUGAAGCAAGCAGAUGGAGUACAGAGGUUCUCUGUACCAGCUGGAUUUGCCCAGCUGGUGCAAACUUCAACAGGGCGCCACAUUUUGCUUACGCCAUCAUCGCAAGUUAUACCACCAUUGUCACAGAAUCCAGGAACAACUACAGUAAUGACUGCAAGUGGGCACCGUCUAACUGUACUUCCAAAGUCAGUGAGUGGUGUAGCAACAACUACAGUGACGACAGUGAACCGCAUGAUCCCAUCUUGUCAGACUACAUCCACGUCAGUGGCUCGUCCAGUAAUGAGGGUUCCUCCCCUCAACAUGUCGUUGGGCGCUCAGGCAACUUUGGGUACACUGGUAAACACAGUAGUAGCUGGAACUACCACAGUGACGACCACGACGACGACGACUUCCACCAAGACCUGCACUUCUCUCACCCAGCCAGUUCUGGCUGCUCUAGUCCAACAAUCUCAGAGGAACAACACCAUGCACUCUGCUUUGGCAUCAGUAUCAAGUAGCAUAGUGACACGAAAUGAGACAAAGAUGGCAGAACAGCGGAAGCAGAAGCUGGAAGCACAAGUAGUAACUCGAUCUGUUUUCUAUUCGCCUGAAUUAGAAGAUAAGAAGAGGGCAAGGAGGAAAGCAAAAUUGGAAAUGUUGAAUCGAUUCAAUGUGCGCCGCUGUACUGCGUGCCCAAUCUAUGGACCUGACCUGAUAGAGGCUAUGAGAAUUGUGGACUUGGUAGAGCCAUACCAAGGGGACUCGAGAGGGGCCGGAUAUGUCCAUUGUCUGAAUGCCCUGAAACAGAGCAGUGAAAAGCCAGACAGAUACUGGACUCAAACAAGACACCUAGCAUCUUUGGUUCAUACUCCACAGCAUUAUGUUAACGAACUUGGAGACAUAUUUUCAAGGUAUGUGCUGUGCGUGCCAGCAGUUUCAGCUCCUCAGCCGAGGUUCCACGUGUCGCAUCCUCCCCCAUCAAAGUUCUGGGAGCUGAAGAGAAGUCAGGCCAUGCUGCAGCAGGAACUGUCAUCACGUUGUGCUUUACUGCAUCCUAUUGCAAGUGCAAUGGUUACACAGUUUCCGGAUCCUAGGCUCAUUCAGUAUGAUUGUGGUAAACUGCAGGUGCUAGACCGAUUACUUCGGCAGUUGAAGGUAGAUCACCAUCGUGUUCUGAUCUUUACGCAGAUGACUAGAAUGUUGGAUGUUCUAGAAGCAUUUCUCAAUUUUCAUGGCCACAUUUACUUGCGUUUGGAUGGAACAACUCGUAUUGAUCAGAGACAGAUGCUGAUGGAACGAUUUAAUGCUGACCGCCGAAUUUUUUGCUUCAUCCUUUCGACACGUUCCGGUGGUAUUGGUGUGAACCUCACUGGUGCAGACACUGUGAUAUUUUAUGACAGUGAUUGGAACCCCACAAUGGAUGCUCAGGCUCAAGACCGUUGUCAUAGAAUUGGUCAGACGAGGGAUGUUCACAUAUAUCGAUUGGUUAGCGAGAUGACUGUUGAAGAGAAUAUUCUGAAGAAAGCAAAUCAGAAGAGGCUUCUUGGUGAUCUGGCAAUUGAAGGAGGUAACUUCACGACAGCGUACUUCAAAAGUUCAACUAUUCAAGAUCUUUUCAACAUCGACAUUGCUGAAAAUGAUGCUUCAAGAAGAAUGGCAGAGGUUCUGGACAGAGAUAAUGAAAGAGAAAGAAAGCGACAGAAGGAUGAUGCUCAAAUGCCACUGUCACCAAAUGAAGACAAGGUAGCACUAGGUGCUCUGGAGUCAGCAUUGGCUGCAGCAGAAGAUGAAUCAGACGUCCAAGCUGCAAGGACUGCCAAAGCAGAGGCAGCUGCUGAUUUGGCAGAAUUUGAUGAGACAAUUCCACUUGAAGAUGCUGAAACUGGUGGUGCAGCUGGUGAACAAGAAAUGAGCAAAGCAGAGUUGGAAGUCCACAAUCUUAUUCAGCAGCUGACUCCUGUGGAACGUUACGCCAUGAAGUUUGUAGAAGACACAGAGGCGGCGUGGUCUGCAGAACAGUUGGCUGCAGCAGAAGCAGAAAUUGAACAGCAGAAGCGUGAAUGGGAGCUGGGACGUCUCCAAGUUCUCAAAGAAGAGACAGAUCGUCAUGCAAGAGUUUCAGAUGAUGAUGAGCAGCUUCUAACAUUCUCUCAUGAGGAUGCACACAAUCAGGUUUGGGUGUCUCAGAAUGCUAGGGAGCAGAUGCCAAUGUGGUGUCCACCGACUCCGCCACAGGAUGAUAAUGAUGUGUACAUUGACCACUCAUUGGGCUUCCUCUAUGAACAAACCAUCAUGUCCGAGUCCCAGCUCCCAGUUGUGUAUGUGAAGAAGGAACACAAACGAAUAAGAAUGGAUGCAAUUCCAUCUGCUGAAAGAGAAGGUCGUCGCCCUAUGAAGAUACGAAAAGAAGAAUCUUUGUAUGCACCUCGUUCGUUGUUUGACCGUCCUUCGCCAGCAUUAGCAAAGAUGCGCAGAGACAUGAAACUGCAACGAUGCCGUGGAAUUGUGCGUUCUCCAUCAACUUUUCCAGGGCUGAAACCUCCAGCCAUGGUUAAGCCCAUGCCUGAACCUGAGAAUGUUCCUGAAUGGGUCAUUCAUGAGGAUUGGGCACUACUUCAGGCAGUGCAGGUGUUCCUUGAGCUGCCCCUAAACCUGAUGAUCCUGUCACCAGGUCAUACUCCAAACUGGGACAUGGUGGCAGAUAUGGUCAACAACGUGUCUCAUAUGUAUCGCUCACCUAAACAGUGCCGCAACAGGUAUGACACCAUUAUUGUACCUAGGGAAGAAGGCAAGAUUUUGUAUGAUUCAAAUCCAAAGAAACAAAAGAAGACAAAGGGCAUGUAUAAACUUCCGCCACACACAAAAACGAAUCGUCCUAUGAGAACGUCACAGUUAUACAUCCAAGAUAACAAUGGAACAUACACACAGCUGUACACACAACGGUUUGAGACAAUCAAGGCAGUGUCAAAUAAGCGAACACCAACUGUAAGACCGCAACAGCUUGAGAAUCCCACAGUGAGGAACCCCAAACAUGCAGCUGUUUUGGCAGACAUUGGAAUAAUAUACGACCAGCCACUCACGCCCCUUGAGGUUGCUACCCGAAGGGCAGAAAGAAUUGCUAAGGAGAAACAGAAAACAGCACAGGCAGCUGCAGUAAGUAUCCCUCUUGAGUUGUGUUGUUUUUGGAAUACCACUUCCAUUAGUUUUGUUUUAUUACAGCUGACUCCUGUGGAACGUUACGCCAUGAAGUUUGUAGAAGACACAGAGGCGGCGUGGUCUGCAGAACAGUUGGCUGCAGCAGAAGCAGAAAUUGAACAGCAGAAGCGUGAAUGGGAGCUGGGACGUCUCCAAGUUCUCAAAGAAGAGACAGAUUGUCAUGCAAGAGUUUCAGAUGAUGAUGAGCAGCUUCUAACAUUCUCUCAUGAGGAUGCACACAAUCAGGUUUGGGUGUCUCAGAAUGCUAGGGAGCAGAUGCCAAUGUGGUGUCCACCGACUCCGCCACAGGAUGAUAAUGAUGUGUACAUUGACCACUCAUUGGGCUUCCUCUAUGAACAAACCAUCAUGUCCGAGUCCCAGCUCCCAGUUGUGUAUGUGAAGAAGGAACACAAACGAAUAAGAAUGGAUGCAAUUCCAUCUGCUGAAAGAGAAGGUCGUCGCCCUAUGAAGAUACGAAAAGAAGAAUCUUUGUAUGCACCUCGUUCGUUGUUUGACCGUCCUUCGCCAGCAUUAGCAAAGAUGCGCAGAGACAUGAAACUGCAACGAUGCCGUGGAAUUGUGCGUUCUCCAUCAACUUUUCCAGGGCUGAAACCUCCAGCCAUGGUUAAGCCCAUGCCUGAACCUGAGAAUGUUCCUGAAUGGGUCAUUCAUGAGGAUUGGGCACUACUUCAGGCAGUGCAGGUGUUCCUUGAGCUGCCCCUAAACCUGAUGAUCCUGUCACCAGGUCAUACUCCAAACUGGGACAUGGUGGCAGAUAUGGUCAACAACGUGUCUCAUAUGUAUCGCUCACCUAAACAGUGCCGCAACAGGUAUGACACCAUUAUUGUACCUAGGGAAGAAGGCAAGAUUUUGUAUGAUUCAAAUCCAAAGAAACAAAAGAAGACAAAGGGCAUGUAUAAACUUCCGCCACACACAAAAACGAAUCGUCCUAUGAGAACGUCACAGUUAUACAUCCAAGAUAACAAUGGAACAUACACACAGCUGUACACACAACGGUUUGAGACAAUCAAGGCAGUGUCAAAUAAGCGAACACCAACUGUAAGACCGCAACAGCUUGAGAAUCCCACAGUGAGGAACCCCAAACAUGCAGCUGUUUUGGCAGACAUUGGAAUAAUAUACGACCAGCCACUCACGCCCCUUGAGGUUGCUACCCGAAGGGCAGAAAGAAUUGCUAAGGAGAAACAGAAAACAGCACAGGCAGCUGCAGCACAGGUAGUGUCUGCUGGGCAAACGUUCAUUGCUUCACCUUUACAACAGCAGCAGGUGGCAGCAGCGGCAAACUCUGGAUCUGCUCCUUCUGUUGCUCAGGUACCUGCCCCAUCUGUACCUUCAACGCAAGCGCCUGUACCGAGUUCAACGCCACAAGCAGUUGUGGUCGGACUGAGCCGGGCAGCAUCUCCUCAGCAGAUUGGAACGGUGGUAUCAGUGGCUGGCACCACGGUUAUACAAACUGGGUCUGUGUCAACUCUGACACCAGCACUCAGCCGAGUACAGAGACCUGUCACCACUCUUACUGUACAGGAUGUGGUGGCUGCAGCAGGCCAAGUGAGGACAGUGGCUAACUCUCCAGCUGUCGUGUCAGUUGCUAAUCUAACACCUGCUCAAGUUCAGGUGGCUGCCCAGCGUCUUGCUUCGGCAAAUCUUGUAUCCCAGUCACCAACUGUAGUUACUACUGUAGUUACAAAGGGUGUAACAGCUGCUGCUAUGACGGCAGGUGGUAAGGCGCUGAACCAUGCACAGAUUCAGUUCUAUAAGCAGCAACAGCUGCUUCGCCAGCAACAGCAACGACUUAUACGGGACCAUCAGCUGAAGGUUCUGCAGGCCCAGUCGGCUUCAAAUCAGAAGGUUUCAGUUGCCGUGACUACAGGAACAGCCAUGGGAAUAGCAACUGUCGCUGGAGUCACAGCUGUUCAGGUCUCACAAGCUCAGCAGCAGAGAGCACAGUUUAUCAAACAAGCAUCCCCAGGAGGUAAACAAACUGCAAUUGCUCGCACAAUGUCUGAGACUGAGAUGGCAGCACUUAUUAAGCGCCAGCAGCAACAUCUAGCAGUACAGCAGAAAGCUGGAGGGACGCAGGUAGCUCAGGUGCAGGUGCCAACGCAAGCAGGACUCACUCCCGCUCAGAUUCUGGCACAAGCUGGAUUGCAGGUGCAGCAGGCAGGUACAUCAGGCCAGACUCAGGUUGCGACACUAGUGAAGACAGUGUCUGCUCCAGGCACUGGAGGUUCACCUCAAAGUGUGACAAUCCCAGUGACAGGGAUGACUCUGCCGCAGGUGAAAGCUGCGGGUACCAUGAAGACUGCUACACCCCAACAGAUACGACAGCUGGCGAUCCAACAACAGCUACUGCAACAGCGAAAGCUGCCAGCGCAAAAGAUGGCACAGCUCACUCAGGUGGGUGGGAAAGCAGGAGUUCAAGCACAGCUGAUAGUCCAGUCCCAGAAGGCUCUGCCAACCACUAUGACUGUACAACAGAUUCAGCAAGUUAUGAAGCAUGUUCAACCACAGCACAUUACCCAUGUGUCAGGUGGUCAGGCUGUAUCGCAAGCAGCAGGAAGUCAGGUGAUAUCUCAUGCUGUGCUUACUAAAGCACCACAAGUGUCCUCACCUGGCCAGACCUUGCAGACACGAGUUAUUCCCGUGUCCAGCACACAACAGUCUCUUAAACAGACGAUACAGUGUUUUUUGCAGGUGGUAACUGCUUCCUCUGGUGUGCGGACAUCUGUCCCCAAUGUAACAAUUGAUGCUGCUGGGAGACCACAAGUUAGUGUUGCAUCAACACUGGCAUCAGCUCUUGCUGGCACCAUCAAGGUGGCGCCAUCAGUCUCCACGGCACAGCAGCACGCUUUAUUGUCACAGGUAAAUGCAGCAUUACAGGGACAACCUGUGUCGGUGGCUGUACGACAGGCAAGUCAGAGCCCUGUCCGCAUCCAGACUUCAGCGAGUGGAACUCCUCUGGUAGCAGUGACAGUACAGCAGACUGUGGGAGUCCCAUCGCAAGGCAUCCCGACAGUGGUGACGGCGCAACAAGUGAUCACACCUCAACAGCAGCAGCAUGCGACUGUUAACCCUGCCACACUGUCAGGCACCUCACAGGAGGCAUCCCAGUGAAAUCUGAACAGAGUGAGAACUCCAGACAUCUUGAAACUCCAUGAAGUGUUACAAAGUGCAAGAAGGAAGGUAUGAUUAAACUUGCUGAAGUUAGUGGUGCUUGAAGAAUUGACAUUAUUCGUAGUUGCAGGGUCACAAAUUACAGAGGCACGAAGGAAACUCUUUAUAUCAGAAGUGAUGCUGUAGAAAGAUUCUCAUCUCCCAGGUAGUGAAAAUUCA